UGGUUAUACCACUUAGCUUUCAAAUACAAAUAACACGAAAUCGAUCUUUUACUUUCCUUUAACUUUGUUUUAUUAUACGUAUGUACACGGACAGGCUGUAAUGUCAUUUUAAUUAUUUAUUCGAUAUAAUUCUAUGGUCGAUGAUCAAGAUCAAGUUGGAUCAAGUUAGUUCCACGUUGCGUUGAACAUGCUCGAAAGGUGAGCAAUAUGGCCACAAAGGAAAGCAAUUUUCCUGCGCUUUACGCAGAGUUAAAUAAAUUGGGACAAAAUGGAGAAUACGAGAGGGCCUUAAAAACCGCAAAUAAAAUUCUAGGCAUCUCUCAAGACGAGGAGGCUGCUUUCCAUUGCAAAAUAGUUUGCUUCAUACAAUUAUCAAAGUUCAAUGAUGCACUUCAAUUCAUUACCAAGAACCCGAAGCUAUCAAUCAAUUUACACUUUGAGAAAGCUUACUGUUUAUACAGACUGAAUCAAGUGCCCGAAGCAUUGAAGGUAGUAGAAAAUGUUCCAAAUCCUUCAAUGAAGCUUAAGGAACUCAAAGCACAAAUACUGUACCGACUUGAGAAAUACGAAGACUGUUUCGCUGUAUACAGAGACAUUAUAAAGAAUUCUCAUGAUGAAUACGAAGAUGAAAGAGAAACAAAUCUUGGAGCAGUAACCGUAAACUUGGCAAUUGAAGAUUCUGCUGUAGAAGUUCCUAUGUUGCGUGAAGAUACAUACGAAUUAACGUAUAAUGCGGCAUGUCGUUUAAUUGCACAAGGUAGCAAGGGAGAUAAAGCUAUCUUAGCAGAAGCAGAGAGGAAGCUUAAAACAGCAGAAAAAAUGUGCAAAGAGGGAUUAGAGGAAGAUGGAGUAGCAGAUGAGGAAAUAGAAGACGAAAUAGGAAUUAUCAGAGUUCAGCUUGGCUACUGUCUUCAGCUUCAAGGUCGCGAGAAGGAAGCUCAAGCUUUAUACGCUUCUGCCUUGAAAGCAAAACCAGACGAUAUAGCCUUAGUAGCGGUUGCAAGCAAUAAUCUUAUGUGCCUCAAUAGGGAUCAAAAUGUGUUCGAUAGUAAGAAGAGAAUGAAAACUGCAACUCAUGAUAGUUUGGAACACAAAUUAACUUCCAGGCAAAGGAGAAACAUCGCGUACAAUCAGUGUUUACUGGCUUUAUAUACUGAUCAGGCGGAGCAAUGCCAAGCACUGUGCAACAAGCUCGCUAAGGAUCAUCCUGUGCUAGCCGCGGAUGCCAUGUUUAUCAAAGCAAUGCAACUUGCUAAAGAAGGCAAAGCAAAAGAAGCAGCGAAAUUGUUAACUCAGUACGCAGUUGGCGACAAAGAGUUACGGAUGAAACUGGUUUGCGUCCAACUACUGUUAAGCCAGGAUGAGAGACAGGAGGCGAUUGAUAUUCUUGAAAACUUGAACGAAAGAGAUAGAUCGUUACCUGGUAUAGUUAGCGCACUUGUAACUCUUCACAUGGCUGAUAAUAACCGCGAGAAAGCAUCUGCUGCUCUUAAAAAUGCUAUGAACUAUUACAAGAAAAAUAAGGAAACCACCGCUAAUUUGGGAGAACUGUGGCGGCAGGCCGCUGACUUCUAUCUACGAGAAAAAGAUUUUAGAGUAAUGGCAGACAUUCUACAAGAAAUGCUGGACGCUUCACCUUCGGACACCAAAACGUUGGCACAGUUAGUGGUGACCUACGCGCAAUUCAGCCCAGAAAAGGCGUAUCUUCUAUCGAAACGCUUGCCGCCUCUUCAUGAUCUCUCUGAAACAACUGACAUCGACGCUUUGGAGAGCAGUAAUUGGGUAAUCGGUACCAAGGUGAUCAAGAAAAAGAUAGAGCCAUCUCCUGGCAAACCUACUAUUGAUGCAACACAAAAGAAACGUAAGAAACGUAAACGCAAAGGAAAGUUACCCAAGAAUUACGAUCCAAAUGUUCCGCCUGAUCCUGAAAGGUGGCUACCUAGACACGAACGCAGUGGAUUCAGGAAAAAACGUGACAGAAGAAAUCGGGAUGCUGCAAUGAAGGGUACUCAGGGCGCUGCUGCGGGGGCUAGCGAUCUUUAUGAUAUCACUAAAAUGCCCACAAAUGUCAAACGGACGCCCAAUCCACGGCACAGCCCAGCAGUGGAAACAUCCGGACCACGCCAAAAGCAACGAAAAGUUCAACAGAAAAAGAAAAAGAAGGGAGGGAAAUGGUAAUCAGCCAACUUACAUUUGUAUUACAUUCGAACGAAUUAUUGUAUAUAAAACACAUUUACUCUACGCUUCUGCAACAGUCGGCGAUCUCGCGACACAUCUGUUUAACGAAUCGAGUAAUUUGUCCAAUUAUACGAAUACUUUCUAUGUACAGCACACUAUACUGCCAUUUUUAAAGAAGCUACAGUUAAUGUGAAUUUUUAAUCUGUAGAAUUAGAUCGACAUGUAAUUGGUUGCUAAAUGGGAUGAAAAUAUAUGCAGACUGUAUGGUACAUAAAA